GGGCUGUUGUAGGGGGUGUCGGGGACGGUGCAGGCAGGGCCGUGGGCUAUGGCAGGGGCUGUUGCUGGGGCAGUGUUGGGGGCGGUUCCGGGGGUUUCUUCUACCUAUCGGUGUUUUGUUGAUGCUGCUUUUGCGCCGGAUAGUGGUAGGGUUGCUUUUGGGUGUGCUCUAUUUUCUGCGACGAACUGUUUUCUUGCUGCUAUUAAUGGGGAAUUACUAUGUUCUCCGGACCCUCUUAUGGCGGAGGCUAUGGCGUGUCGUGAGGCUCUAUCAUGGAUUAAGACGCUUGAUAUUCAUAACGUGGAGAUCUUGAUGGAUUGUCAACGUGUGGUUUCGGCAAUUUCAGAUACUUCAUUCUCUCUUACUUCUUAUUUUGGUUCGUUAAUUGUUGAGUGGGGUCGCACCGUCACUGCCAAUUUUGCAAUAGCUACUAUCCAAUCGUAUUCUUCACUUCCCAGAGGUCGUCAAGGUACUCAUGUAACUAUCCGGGUCCCGCCUCGUUCCCCAAAUCAGCCCGGACAUCGCUGGUCUUCACCACCACACCCGGAGGUCGCCGGAUUAAGAAAGAGCCACAUCGGGUCUACUCGUUGCCGUAGCUGAAGGAAUUGGCCAGAGCAGAGAGAGGGGUCAGUCGUGCUCGCCGCUGUCUGGACCCGUCGCCAGAAGGAAGUUGCCAAUCGUCGCUGCACUUCGCCGUAGUUCCAGUCUCUACCAUCUUUGUCUUUUCUAGCAUCCGAGUUCUUCACUGGAAGGGGGGAAUCUUUGUUGCACCCUCGCUGGUUUCUCCAGUCCCUGCCGUCGCCGCUGGCUCACCAAUUCGAAGGAGGAGGCUGGAGAUUGUUUAAUAGGAGAAAAAUUCCAUUCUCUCUCCGUUCUUUGCUCAUGUCUGGUCGAAGAAAAAAGAACGGCGGUG